UUUUUUUUUCCUUUUCUUUCUUUCUUUCUUUUUUUUUUCUCUCUAAGAAAAAACAAAUCAAUAAUUAUGGAUAGGUUACCGACCGAAAUCUUUAUAAAAAUUACUUCAUAUCUUUCACUAGAUGACAAACUUAAUUGCAUUCUUGUUUGUUAUAAAUGGUACGAUUUAAUCAAGAUGGCCCAUUUGUAUAAAUCUCUAGAUUUUCGUAAACAGGAAAAACUUCAACAAGCCAUCUUAUUCUUUCAUGACUAUAAUUACAAACAAUCAGUUCAGGAUCUUAUUAUAUCUGAUUGUUGCAAUUCAGUUCAUCGACGUGCUAGUCUACCAGCUACAUUCCCUAAUCUUAAAACACUCAAGUUUAUUGCAACUGAGGAGCCUAAAAGUAUACCUAUUGAUCAGGAUAGUCAACUUAAAAAAAAUGUCCAAAUGUGGCAAAGGCUUGAACGAGUGACAGAACGAUUACGCUAUUAUUCAAUCACACUCUGUUUAUUGCGAUCACCACAACCUGUCAUUAAUCUCCGCUCUAUUCAUAUCAUUUAUCACAGUGAUCAAUUCUAUGAAGAAUCAAGGCAUGCAGAGAACUACUACAAGUUUCGAUCUCUUUUGAGAUACAUUAAGAAUGCACCCCAUUUGGCUGAUCUAAGCAUCUCCAAUACCUUUAUUAGUUUAAAGGACCUUGAAGAAAUUCAUCAUAGCUGUCCUGAACUCGAAACUCUUGCCUUAAAUCAUGUCAAUAUGUCAUUCUCUAAUAGACACAUCAAUAUGAUCUUAGGCGCUUUUCAAAAGUUUAAUCUAAGUGGGGUUCAUGUUUGGAAAUCAGCUGAUAGACUACACUCUUUAACUAUCUCUAAUACCCCUAGUUGUAUAGAAGAGGAUAUAGUUAUUCAUAAAACAUGGUUGCAUUAUUUAGGCCAAAAGUAUCCAAAUCUAUCUCAUCUUUCUUUAUGGAUGCCAUUACCAGAUAACACGACGUCAUCAACAUUACCUGUAAUAGAAGAAGAGCUCAUUACUAAUUUUUCUUACUGGACUCAUCUUAAGAAUUUCAACAUGAAUAUAUACCCUUUUACAUCUAAAAUAAUUCAAGCGAUGAAUAUGAAUGAUUUGUAUUUAGAGCAACUAACACUAUAUGGUGAUUCAAGUGAACUAGAGAAGCAGCUUUCUUGUCUAAAGUCUUUAAAACGAAAAGAAAAUAUCAAGGAUCUUAUAUUAGAGUAUAGGAGAAAGAAAGUGACAGACACGACGACCUCUUCAUCAUUUUGGUGUAUACAUCAAACAUCUAUACUCAUUGAAACUUGUUUAUUGAAAGAAUUCAAACAAUUGUAUCAUUUGUCAAUUACUUCUAAAGAGGGAAUUAUCUUUUGUAAUCUUGAUACGUUUACUGCUCUUUUACGGUCCAUCCCUGAGCAACUUCAAACUUUGGAAAUCGAGGGCUUACUUCUUGAACCGUUAUCGACACAUCAUGAUAGUCAAGUAGUAUUAGAGCAUCCAAUUCAACUAAAGCGGUUAAAUAUUAAAAACUGCUUUAUUACUGAUAAUGAUGAACAACAACAGCUAGCAAUUCUAAAUAACUGGUUAACAUAUCAAUUGCUUCCUAACUGCCCACUUUUAACAUCAUUUGAUUUUGAUGAACAGUUUGCAGUAAACAAGUUAUUAUAUGACGGGCAUAAUCGAAGUAUAUCUGUUUUAGGACUAAAAGCAGAUAUAUGAUAAAGCUUGUAUUAUAUUACCUUUUAUAUAUGUAUAUAUGUGUAUACAUAUUUAUAUUUAUUUGUUCUUCUUUUGUAUUCUAAAU